AUGUCCUCUUGCAACAGCUUACAGAAACACCAAGUCAUGACGCCUCCGCUCAGGGGGCCUGUGGGAUCGGCGCCUCCGAAAGCGCGCCCCGGAUACGCCGCCACGAAGCUGACCGGCCUCCUUCGCCUUCCUCUCGAGCUCCAGCGCCACAUCUUCAAGCUCGUCCUCCACGAACCCAAUCUCUGGGACCGCCGCCACCAUGACGGCUGCAAGCUCCGCCCCGUCACGCCCAAGGCCAUGGCGCAGCCGCCGUUCAUGUCCCACCGCGUUUUUGUCGAAGCCGUGUACGCGAGCCGCCAACACGCGCCUCGGUGCCCCAGAUGGCUGAAAUGCGUCGAGUGCGACCCGUCCUCGGCCGCGCUGUACGAGCGCCCGACAUCGUUUCGUCUGGCCAAGACGUGGACGUGGUGCACCUGCGGCAAGCGCACCGGCGUCAACCUCUUGCGCGCCAACCGCCACAUCUUUAGCGUCGCCGCGCCCAUCUUCUGGUCCGGGAAUACGUUUUCCUUUUUUGACGUCAGUGAGUUCGCCGCCUGCAUAGCCGCCACGUCGCCGGGCACGCGGGACCUCAUCCGCGGCGCCAGCAUCGUCACGUUCCAGCUCCAGCGCUGGCUCGAUGCUCGCGUGUGCCUUCGGAGCAGGGACCUGGAAGGGCAUCUGUUGCCAGAGGGUGUCCUCACCUGGCAGCAAAAGUGCCUCACUGCCCUCUGGCCCGCCUUGAAGAGUCUUCCAAAGCUCAAACGUCUGGCCCUUCCAGCACACUACCUUGAAACCGCCAUGUUCGACCGCCUCCCUGCCGAUGAACGCCGCCCGAUGCGUCAGUAUCUGGCGCUCUUGGACGAGAUGGACUUGACAAAUCUCGGCCUCUGCGGCGGCGUUACGGGAGGGGGCCACUAUCGUGCGCUGGCAAACUUUUGGAAACGGUUCUUUGACGGCGAGCUCCAGCAGACGCUGUGCGGCUUUACUCUGCGCAUUCGCAUAAACGACCGGCUCCGCGACUUUAGCGCCAACUUUCCGUACACCUCGCGCCUCAGCCAAUGGGACUUUCUCACCAACAUGUACGAUGCCGUCGAGGCGCAGCUGAUGGUGGACGACACGGACAAGCGCGGCCGUGCCUGGCGCCGCCCCAACGACGACGUCACCGGCGGCACCGGGACCGCCACCGUCUCGGUGUCCGGGUGCUUCCGCCAGGUCACCCUCUACAACAUGCCGCUGACCAAGGAUGCCUGCGCCAGGAACCAGCAGGCGCAGACAAGUGGCCACGGCACGGAGAAGCGCAGACAGAACCCCGGCCGGUACCUGACCAACUCGUUUGAAGCCUUGCGCCUGGCCGACUACAGAUGCUCGUUCAAAGAUCUCACAGACGACGAGGCGGACAGGCCCAAAGCUCCCCCGCGCAGAAAGAGGAUGCGGGUCAAGAAGAACCGACGCAGCUGGAAGCCGGAAUCAUGGAAGAGAUGA